UUCGAGAGAAAUGGCUUCGUCGUCCUGGAGGAUUUCUUUCAACCGGAAGAAAUCGACGAAUUGAAAUUCUGCGGUGAGGAAUUUACCAAGAAUUUACCUCCGGAAAGUGAGAGAAAAGUUUUCAAUUCAAUAGAAUCGCAACAGGUAUACACCGAAUUAAGAAAAUAUUUAUUGCGAGUAUCAUCGACACGUGAUGUAGGUCACGCCCUUCAUUGGCUUCACCCUACAUUCAAGAAGUAUACUUUCGAUGAAAGAGUUAAAGAAGCAGCUUUCCAAUUGGAUUAUGAAGAACCGGCCGUUUGUCAGUCGAUGUAUAUUUACAAAAAUCCAGGAAUCGGAUCGGAAGUAAUGAUGCACCAAGAUGCAACAUAUUUGUACACCGACCCAGUGAAGCUAAUUGGUUUCUGGAUCGCUUUGGAAGACGCUACUCAAGAAAAUGGAUGCCUAUGGAUCGCGCCAGGUUCUCAUAAAAGUGGCGUUCAUCGACGUUACGUAAGAAACAAAGAUCCAGAUUCCAAGGAACUGUUGAUUUACGACAGAGCUGCACCUUGUUAUCAACUUAGUAAUUUUCGACCAGUACCAGUUAGUAAAGGAACCUGCAUUCUCAUCCACGGACAAGUGGUACAUUUCUCAUACCCAAAUAAAAACGACAAAUCGAGGCAUGCUUACACAUUUCACGUAAUCGAGACGCAGCACACCUCUUAUUCGAAAGAAAACUGGUUGCAACCACCUUUAGAAGGAUUUCCAAAACUAUACAGAAAUUAG